GGAGAGAUAACUGGAAUUGUUGGGGCCUCUCAGAUUACAGCUUUCCGCACAGCGUUGGCUGUCAUGACUCUCUUUGCGAGUGUCUCGCAUAUCCCGAAAAGGAAUAUUGUGGUUUUCGGUUCGGGAAAGCAGGUCGAAUGGCAUCUUCGCCUGGCGUUUCUCUUAACUGAUGGAGAAAUUGAGACGGUAACAAUCAUCAACAGAGGCCGUAAGAGACUUGAUCGCUUGGAGGAGACUGUGAUAUCUUCCAUCCGGUUGACCCAGCCCAAUGUCCGCUUCCAGCUGAUUGCCAAGGAACAUACGCCCAACUACGAGGAACUACUGAGGGAAACACUGAAACAUUCGGAUGUUAUAUUUUGCUGCACACCGUCAACCGCACCGCUAUUCCCAUUCUCGUUCCUCCAGUCGUCUCCUAAAAGCCGCUUUAUCUCUCUUAUUGGAUCUUAUAAGCCUCACAUGAAAGAAAUUGACACCCAAACUCUCCUUUCCGGUGGAGGGUGCGUAUAUGUGGAUACUGCAGAGGGAUGCCUGGAGGAAUCAGGGGAGCUGAUCGAUGCUGCGAUAACCAGGGAGUCGUUGACAGAUAUUGGAGAAUAUCUUGGGGACAAAGAGGAAGGUACGGGCCGUCAGCUGGAGGGAAACAUCAUAUUGAAGUGUGUUGGAAUGGGUAUAAUGGACCUAGUUAGCUCGCGAUUGUUGCUAGAAUUGGCGCAGGAGUCCGGCCUUGGGCAGCAGAUGCCGGGGCUCUAGAAUAGGUAAUAGAUAC